AUGGCCAGAGACAAUGAUCCUUUGAGCCUCAUGCCUUGUCCUGCUAGGCACCAUCUGCGGAUUGGACAUUCUUUUGGGUUUUCCCUUCCCAUUUUUUGUCUGCACUAUUUAAUUUGCUAUUACUUUCUGUCAUGUGCUGCAGCAGCAGGGGUGUCAGGCAAGGAACGUGACUAUGGGGUUGGUCCCAAAUUUGUUUGUACUCCCAUUCCUCCAGAAGCAGACCCCAGCUGCUACCCACCACCCACUGUGGCCCAUGGACCAAGCAGUAACAGCCAGAUUAACGAUAACGGUGGUGGCAACCAUCGGACCUUAAUGUCUGAUGAGGCUCAAACUACUAUUCUGCACCUGCGGGAGAGCCUUGUGAGGCAGAAGGAAACCAUCCUGGAUCAAAGGGAGACCAUCAGGGAGCUUACAGCCAAGCUCACGUUGUGUGAAGGCUAUGGGGGUCACCAUAGCAUUAGUCACCAUGACAAAUACAGUCAUCAUGGCACCCACCACAGCAACCAUCCUGACAGCCAUUACAGUCACCAUGAUGAUCACCAUGGCCAUCAUGGUAGCAACCAUGGUAGCCAUCAUGACAGCUAUCAUGGCAACCAUCAUGGCAGCCAUCAUGGCAGCCAUCAUAGCAGCCAUCACAACAGCCCUCAUGGCUUUCAUCACGACAUCCAUCAUGGCAGCCAUCAUGGCAGCCUUCACGACAACCAUCAUGGUUCAUCACUGUUGCACCAUGGGACCUCAGCACAUCAUGGCAGUGACCUCCACCACUCCCACAGCAGUCAUGGGACAGAACUGGAACAACCAAAAGGGUCAUACAGCAAGCUCAGCUCUAUUUCUGCUGAACAGACUGGAAAGACACUGCAGACAUUGAAAGAAAGGCUGGAAAACUUGCAGGCCAGGAACUCCUCCAGUUCCUACUCAAGCUCCCUGAGAGAACUCCUUCAGAGGAAGAUCAGUUCUUUAGAAGAGCAGCUACAGAGUUACUACAGAGACCAACAUGAGUCUGGUCAUCAUAACGACCACCAUGGAAAGCCCCACGUUGAUUAUCAUGACAGCAACCACAACAGCAGCCUCCACAAUGGACAUAUGUAUAAUCACCAUGAUGGCCACCAUGGUACUGGCCAUCCUCAUGGCCAUCAUGAUGACCACUAUAACACCGACCAUCCUCAUGGCCACCAUUUUGAGCACCAUGGCGCAGGUCACCAUGAAGACCACCACAACAGCCAUCAUGGUAAACACCAUGGUAGCCACCCAUACAGCCAUCACAGCAGUCAUUAUGGCAAUCACCAUCAUGACCACAACUAUGACUGGCACCGUGGCCAGCAUUAUGGUCACUAUGACAACCAUCAUAACAGUCACCAUAAUGGCCAUCACACGGACCAUCACAAUAACCACCAUGGUAGCAGUCACCAUGAUGCUCACAAUAAUUAUCACCAUGGGCACUAUGCCAAACACCAUGAUAGCCAUCAUGGAGACCAUCAUGGACCUAGCCACUAUGGAAAUGACCACCAUGGGGAUGACCAUGGAAACAACCCCCAUGUAAAUGAUCACCAUUCUGACGAUGAUCAUCCACAACAUCUUCCUUUCACUGGAGACAAGGAGACAAGUUUACAGGGAACCAAUCACAGCAAACUGGAAACAGUUCUCAGCCAACUACACCACAGCAAUGAACAAGUCUUAACAGGAAACAAUAAGAAACUUAAGCGCCCCAGUGCUUUCCUGCUGGAUUUUCCCAUGAGAACCAAUUACAUGUACGCCAGGAUGAAGCGAUCAGUGGUCAGUGAGAUCUUCGCCCUUACCAUCUGUCUGUGGCUAAAGCCUAGGGAAGGUCCUGGCCUUGGCACACCCAUCUCCUAUGCUGUGCCUGGGCAAGCUAAUGAGCUGGUGCUUAUGGAAUGGGGUAGUAACCCCAUGGAGCUGCUUAUAAACGAUAAGGCGGUGACGUUGCCAAUAAAUGUAAUGGAUGGAAAGUGGCAUCAUGUGUGUGUGACAUGGUCAACAAGGGAUGGAGUUUGGGAGGCCUACCAGGAUGGCGUGAAGAAAGGUGCCGGGCAGAAUCUGUCAGCCUGGCACCCGAUACAACCAGGAGGGAUCUUUAUCUUGGGUCAGGAGCAGGAUACGAUGGGGGGCCGCUUCGACGUCACUCAAUCUUUCACGGGAGAGUUAUCGGAUCUCCAGUUCUGGUCCAGAGUCCUGACAGCCAACGAGAUCCACACCCAGGCAACCUGCGGGGGUCACUUUGUCGGUGACGUCAUGUCGUGGUCUGAAGAAUACGUAGAGGUCCACGGAGGGCUCACUGAGCUUCCUUUUGACCCUUGCCACUAAAAGCAAACACUGAACCCCUCACAAGCAGAGCUGUGGGGUCAUCUGACUAAACACGUGUCAAAAACAGA